AUGGGUGAAGAGGAGUGCUUGCCUCUGAUCGCCGGCGGCGGCCUGUCUCCAACCUCGAAUGCCUGGGAGAUACUGUGCAGAGUCGCAAAGCUCCUUGGGAGGGCCUGGAAACUCCUGUUCCCCCUCCUGUUCAUCUAUCUUAUCACCUCCACUCUCCUGUUAUUCGGCAACUAUAUUACCAUUAUGCCGUUGAUCGUCGACAUGGUCAAGAAGCUCUUCGCAAUGAAGACCGAGGAUCCCUCGAGCUCAGAGUUCCUUGCCCUUCUCCGCGGGAUAAUUGAGGAUAUCAGGGAGCUCGCCGCCGCGGAAGUGGGUAUGAUGUUGCCGUCUUUCCUGCUCUCGUCGUUCCACUGGACCGCGGUGAUCAACGCACUCGCCAUGGCUGCCAAGAAGGAGAAGAUGACCUUUAAGGAUCUGCUUUACAAGAUCACGAGGACGUGGAAGGGCUUAUUUUCCACUCUUCUCUACUCUAACUUUUUAAGUUUUGGUUACAUUUUCUUCUGGCUGCUACUUCGGUUUGCCUUCUUGUUUCACUUUGGCCAUUAUCUGCCGCCGUUUGCCUCGUCCGCUAUCACAAUCGUUCCGGGCCUUGCUCUCCUUCUGUACUUGCAAAUGGUCUGGACUCAAGGGGUGGUCGUCUCGGUGACGGAGGAAGGGCGCUACGGGCUGACGGCCCUGGGUAGGGCGGCGGAGCUCAUCCAAGGAAGAAUAAGACUAUGGCUGGGAGUUUACUUCCUCUGGAUACUCAUCUUAAUGGGGUAUUGUCUGGCCAUAAGUCUCCUCCUCCGGAGCGAGACGAACCAGAUGAUCAUCAUGACCGCCAACCUCUUACCCUCGCUACUUCUGGCCGUGUUCUCUCAAGCCAUGGACGUGGCGUUCUACUACGAGUGCAGGAAAGCCACGCAGAAGGAGACCCCGUGA